AUGACGGCGACAAAUACAAAUAAGUCAGUACCACAUCCAGCAAAGGCAUUUUUACCAAACAGCACCCUCGCCAACGGAGAUUACACUGAAACUGAUCCAGAAGUACCAAAUUUGGAAACCAGGAAGAAGAGUACCAUUUUUAUAAUUCCAAUUUCGGUUAAGAAACCAAAUACUAAUAGUGGUACUACUACAACUGAGACUACGGCUUCUACUUCACUCUCUGCAUCUGUCAGUACUUCUUCGACUGCUAUUGCGACGACGACUUCUGCUAGUGCUAUAGUUUCGCUACCCGUCUCGGACGGCACGUAUGUCGUUACUUCAGUUCAAACCAAAUCUACCAACGCUUGCAACACAGUUCACAUUAAUAACAGUAGAAACGUCAUUAAACCAACAAACAACACCUCCAUCGGAUACGGAGAUGAGAGUUGCAAUAGCCGUACAAAGCGUUGCUACAGUUACUACCAAGGCCUCAACAGGAAAAGCGAUCUGCCGAAAGAAAUUUUAAUCCCACAUCUAUCUAUCUAUCUAUCUGUCGUAUUCUUUUUAUAUUUAUCUAUCUACCGUAUUAUUUUCAUAGUCUAUCUAUCUAUCGUAUUGUUUUUAUAUCUAUCUAUCUAUCUAUCUAUCUAUCUAUCUAUCUAUCUAUCUAAAUAUCUAUCUAUCUAUCUAUGUGAAGUGGGUGCUGAAAAUACCCGGAAGAACGGAAAGGUCUUAUUUGUGGACAUUUGUUCACACUUGUUGGGGAAAUGGGUCAGCCACCUUAUAUAUGGGUAA